AUGUCAGAAGAAGCUAGUACUCAAAUCGAACAAAUUUUACCAUUAGAAUUAAUCGAAAAAUGUAUAGGAUCUAGAAUUUGGAUUGCAAUGAAAAACGAUAAAGAAUUUGUUGGUACUUUAUUAGGUUUUGAUGCAUAUGUUAAUAUAUUUUUAAAAGAUGUCACAGAAUAUGAAUAUACACCAGAAGGUUUAAAAACAAUUAAAUUAGAUAAUAUUUUAUUAAAUGGAAACCACGUUUGUUUGCUUGUUCCAGGUGGUGAAGGUCCAAAAAUAAAAUAA